GGGGACAACAUGCCAGGCAAGCGGCAACCCUGAACAUCGGGAGUCAGCUAUCACAGAGGCUGGCAGCUGGCUGGUUUCAGCUCUGUAGACUGCAGAACACAGAAGAUGGCCUUCAUUGCAGCUCUGGGGCUCUUGAUGGCUGGGAUCUGCCCUGCUGUCCUCUGCUUCCCAGAUGGCACGUUGGGAAUGGAUGCUGCAGUCCAAGAAGACCAUGACAAUGGGACACAACUGGACAGUCUCACAUUGGCCUCCAUCAACACUGACUUUGCCUUCAGCCUCUACAAGGAGCUGGUUUUGAAGAAUCCAGAUAAAAAUAUUGUCUUCUCCCCACUUAGCAUCUCAGCGGCCUUGGCCGUCAUGUCCCUGGGAGCAAAGGGCAACACCCUGGAAGAGAUUCUAGAAGGUCUCAAGUUCAAUCUUACAGAGACCUCUGAGGCAGACAUCCACCAGGGCUUUGGGCACCUCCUACAGAGGCUCAACCAGCCAAAGGACCAGGUACAGAUCAGCACGGGUAGUGCCCUGUUUAUUGAAAAGCGCCAGCAGAUCCUGACAGAAUUCCAGGAGAAGGCAAGGGCUCUGUACCAGGCUGAGGCCUUCACAGCAGACUUCCAGCAGCCUCGUCAGGCCAAAAAGCUCAUCAAUGACUAUGUGAGGAAACAGACCCAGGGGAUGAUCAAGGAACUGGUCUCAGACCUGGAUAAAAGGACAUUGAUGGUGCUGGUGAAUUAUAUCUACUUUAAAGCCAAAUGGAAGGUGCCCUUUGACCCUCUUGACACGUUCAAGUCUGAGUUCUACGCGGGCAAGAGGAGGCCCGUGAUAGUGCCCAUGAUGAGCAUGGAGGACCUGACCACACCCUACUUCCGAGAUGAGGAGCUUUUCUGCACUGUGGUGGAGCUGAAGUACACAGGAAAUGCCAGUGCCAUGUUCAUCCUCCCUGACCAGGGCAAGAUGCAGCAGGUGGAAGCCAGCUUGCAACCAGAGACCCUGAGGAAGUGGAAGAAUUCUCUGAAACCCAGGAUGAUAGAUGAGCUCCACCUGCCCAAGUUCUCCAUCUCCACCGACUACAGCCUGGAGGAUGUCCUUUCAAAGCUGGGCAUCAGGGAAGUCUUCUCCACACAGGCUGACCUGUCUGCAAUCACAGGAACCAAGGAUCUGAGAGUCUCUCAGGUGGUCCACAAGGCUGUGCUGGACGUGGCUGAGACAGGCACAGAAGCAGCUGCUGCCACUGGAGUCAAAUUUGUCCCAAUGUCUGCGAAACUGUACCCUCUGACUGUAUAUUUCAAUCGGCCUUUCCUGAUAAUGAUCUUUGACACAGAAACUGAAAUUGCCCCCUUUAUAGCCAAGAUAGCCAACCCCAAAUGAGACUAGAACUCCCCAAGUGUUGACGCUUCUUCCCGGGAGCCAGGCAUUGAGCCUGUCUGUGGGUCUCCAUGUGCAUUUUGGCUUCCAUGCUCUGCUUGGCCUUGGCAUGCCUGGAUUAGAUAGUGACUAACUGUGUUAUAACCUCAUGCACAGACAUCCCUGUGGGAAGUCAGUGCCAUGCUCCCAGACUUCUUGGUAGCACUAGCCCAUGUUCCUGAGCCUGAAAUUUGUCUUGUCCCCUACCCCUGCUCUCUCCCUGUAUCUGCCUCCACCCAAAAGCCUGGGCCCCAUCAAGUAAGCUCAGUCCCAGUUUAGACUCUGGUUAUGUCUCCCUUCAGCCUUGCUGUCUUGAUGGGACUGUGCAACCUUACAGGCCAACCCAUAUGGACCAAGAGGAAAGCUUGCUGCCCCGUGUCUAUCUGCAGCAUCUAGGACUACUUGGUGCCCAGUCUGCCUCACUCUUUCACUUCUCCAGGCUUUGCCUCCAGCACUGCCCCCCUGCAGGAUCUCCUCACUUUGUCCACAUCUGGCACAGAGUUAGAGCCCUCACUUCUGCAGCUGCAUGGGGCCUGUGGGUCAGAGCAGCUCCUUUCCCCUGGCACUCCUACUUAGAACAAAGUAGCCUUUCUUUUAGUUCCCAGCUGACCAACCUCACACAAAAGAGGAACACCACCAACCAGAAUAAAGAGGUAGGAGCAAAAGAUCAAUAAACAUAUAACUGCA